AUGCUUCGCUUCGACCAGCCGGAGGCGUUUUCACCAACAAUCCCACGCACGUGUGUCCGAUUUGCUACGUUCGCAGACAAUAAGCGCGAUGAGUGUCCGCCGGCGGCCAAGGGGCGCUCCAACGGGGCGCAGUUGCGGUGCAUCGGCCUCGCGGAUGAAUAUCCGGUGUCGCUGUCCUUCGCCACGGAAUGGCUUGUAAUUCUCAUCAAAUCAGUGACAAUUGAUUCCCCGACUAAAUUCAUCACAUUCAAUUCAUUCCUUCAACUGAGAAGACACAACUUCUGCCUCUCUCUGGCCAUUGACUUCUUCUCCAACCAUUCUCAUCCCAUCAGCGAAGCCUGCGACUUCACUCUCACCCCGGAAAUCCUCCCCUGCAUCCGAAACACCUUCCAGAUUUGCCCAAGAACUGAGCAAUCGACGAAGAAGCCUCGCCUGAAGUACAACCAAGACUUUCUCCUCCAAUGCUUGGGCUGGACUGAAGAGCCUCUGUAUCUCUGCUCUCCUCCCAGGAUCUCUGUUGAUGACAAAACUCCCGAUAUUCAGCUGAGGAAGAUGGAAGGGAAGUCCCAGAACUACCAUCGCUGGAAGUUUGUUCAUCCGGAUCCGGAAGAGAGACUUGAAAUGGAAGGAGAGAACAUUCCUUACAAUUCUCCAGUGCUUCUUGUUCACAGUGCAAGCAAUCGAGUGGCAACUAAUCGAGGAGUGUUUGCUAGGACGAUUUUCGGCAAAGAAGAAAAGGUUUCUUUGGUGUAUCAUAAUCUCAAUGCAAAGAAGUGUAACGCGAAGGAAGACACUUGGAUCAUUCCAUCAUUCUAA